AUGAGGUGCAAAAAACACCUAUCGGACCUAAGCAGCAGCGUCGGCGUCUGCGCCUCUUGCCUCCGGGAACGGCUGUUUGCCCUCAUCGCGGCGCAAGCACAAGCAGAGGCUCAGGCUCGAGCGCUACAGGUCCAACAGGACCACGAAGAUCGCCGAAAAGCUGAAGCGCAUCCACCGCCUCUGGUCUUCCCGCGCUCCGUCUCUCCGUAUAUCUGCCGCCGGAAUUCUGACAACUCGCCUGCAACCACCGAGGACACAGCCUAUCCGAUCAGCUUUUCUUCAGUACUCCGCAAAUAG